AGUCUGCUCCAACAGCUGACCAGGGUGGCAGCCAGCUGCAGGUGCCCAAAAACUUGGCACUGCCCUGUUCCAUCUAACGGGGCAUAGCUCCUUUCUGGGUGGCCCAACGUUGAAACCAACUUCACUACAAGAUGUCUGAUGAUAUUGACUGGUUACACAGCCGCAGGGGCGUGUGCAAGGUUGAUCUUUACAGCCCAAAGGGACAACAAGAUCAGCAUCGGAAAGUGAUAUGCUUCGUGGAUGUGUCCACUCUGAACGUUGAAGACAAAGAGGGCAAGGAUGCUACUGGUUCCACCUCAGAAAGCGAGUUAAACCUGGACCGCCUAGAAGAGAAAGAAAUCAUCGUGAUCAAAGACACUGAGAAACAAGAACAGUCCAAGACGGAGGGAUCCGUAUGCCUGUUCAAACAAACUCCCUCCGACUCCAUAAGUGUUAUUAAUUGGCUUCUUAAUGACCUCCAAAAAUAUGCCUUGGGUUUCCAACAUGCACUGAGCCCCUCAGCCUCAAGUUGUAAACACAAAGUAGGAGAUAUAGGAAAUGAACAACCUGGAUCAUCCACUGCAAAUGGCUACAGUGUCUAUGCUGAUCAACUAAACAUAGAUUGUACAGGCAACAGUUCUCAAACCACACAUCUAGAAUUGACCGCAUCCAAAAAUACUAACAACAACCAAAGUCCUUCAAGUCCUAUAGCCAAGUCUUCAAGCACCCAAAGGUCAGUUGCCUCAUCUGAAACAGAGUGCUCUAUGGAUGACCUCUCCUACUACGUCAACCGACUGUCUUCCCUGGUAAUCCAAAUGGCCCGUAAAGAAAUCAAGGAGAAGUUGGAAGGCGGAAGCAAAUGUUUCCAUCAAUCCAUCUAUUCUCCUUCUGGGGAAAAAGGGAAGAAUAGUCCUCGCAGUGCUGUGAGCAAGAUUGCUUCUGAACUGGCCCACGAUGCUGUAGAAAUGACAUCAUCUGAAAUGCGUAGUACUGGUGACGACAGCAGGGACGGUGGCCGCAAAACUUUUCUGUAUAGUGAGCUGACUAACAGGACCAGGAGUUCAGAUAAACAACUAUGCCAAAGAGAUAGCAAAGAUUUUGCAGAUUCCUUAAGUAAGGGGCUCAUGGUUUAUGCCAAUCAAUUAGCAUCUGAUAUGAUGGUCUCUGUUAUGAAAACCUUAAAGAUGCAUAGUUCAGGAAAGCCAAUUCCAGCCUGUGUGGUCCUGAAAAGGGUGCUAUUAAAACACACCAAGGAAAUCGUGUCUGAUCUGAUUGAUUCCUGUAUGAAGAACCUGCAUAACAUCACCGGUGUCCUCAUGACGGACUCCGACUUCGUCUCAGCUGUCAAAAGGAAUCUGUUUAACCAUGGAAGACAAAAUGCUGCUGAUAUUAUGGAAGCCAUGCUGAAACGCUUAGUCAGUGCCCUUCUUGGAGAGAAAAAGGAGACUAAAUCUCAGAGUCUGUCUUACGCAACAUUGAAAGCUGGAUCCCACGAUCUAAAAUCCAAGAAUCAGAGUCUCGAAUUCUCCGCCAUGAAAGCCGAAGUGAAGGGGAAAGACAAAGGCAAAAUGAAAGCAGACCAGGACAAAGCACUGACCAGUGCUGAAAAGGUUGGUGAACACAUCCUCAAAGAGAGUCUAACUAUGUGGAAUCAAAAGCAAGGAAAUCAGGGCAAGAUGCCUAGCAAAACAUGCACUAGUAAAGACGAGAAAACUCAACAACUCAGUCCUUCCACAGAUUCACUGGCUAAGGAUCUGAUUGUUUCUGCCCUUAUGUUGAUCCAGUAUCAUUUGACCCAGCAAGCCAAAGGCAAAGAUUCAUAUGAAGAGGAGGGUCCUGGUACUACUUAUCUGACUCAAACUGCCCAUUACGAAAAGUCUGGAAACGGUCAAAGUUCCAAAUCACUUUCAAUGAAACAUCUGGAAUCUCGUGGAGGUCUUGGACCAUCAGUAUCUUCCAAAGACAGUCAGCAGCUGGACUGCCCAAAAUUGGACAUGUCAAGCAUUGUCCUAUCGCUGAUUCAAAGGCUGCUUAGUGAAAGCUCCAUAAAUGGUGAUGAAUAUGAAAAUGACAGCAAGACCAAAGCAAGCAAAUUAAGCUGCAUGUCCAAGAGAGCUGACAGAGGUGAAGAAGAUCAGAGCAUGGACAAUCAAGACCCGGACUUCAUGAGUGGCGUGAAGCAAGUGAACCGCCACUUUAUAGAUCAACUGGUAGAAUCUGUGAUGAAGUUGUGCCUUAUCAUGGCCAAGUACAGCAACAAUGGAGCCGCUCUGGCUGAACUGGAAGAACAAGCAGGCUCGAGUAGCAAUUCCAAUUUUGGCUCUCGUUGUAGUCACAUCGGUGGCAUGUCACAGAAAUACCAAGACUCCCAGAGGCCAGAAGUAAUCGUCAAUAAUCAGUCUUCUACCAGCAGCUUGCAGAAGCAGCUACAGGCUGUCUUGCAGUGGAUUGCCGCCUCCCAGUAUAAUGUGCCAAUGCUCUACUUCAUGGGCGAUGAUGAUGGACAACUGGAGAAGCUUCCUGAAGUCUCAGCUAAGGCAGCGGAGAAGGGCUACAGUGUGGGAGAUCUUCUCCAGGAGGUCAUGAAGUUCGCCAAAGAACGUCAGCUGGACAAAGCCGUGGGUAACAUGGCUAGAAAGCAACUGUUAGAUUGGCUGCUUGCUAACCUGUGAGCUAACGACAUGUCUUGACUCCUCUCACCUUACCCCCCCCCACCACCACCACCCAGCAGCAUUCCAACCCAGCUGGAACACCCUUAACAUCAGGCUGGUGAAUAUUUCCCAGCACAUUUGAGCAGUCUCCCUGUGCAAAUUCAGGGUAUCCAACAAGCUGGGCAAAAAAUGAAUUAAAAAAAAUAU